UGCAGGAGAGGAAGAGAGAGAGCAAAGAGACAGGCAGAGACAGAGGUGAGAGAGACAGAGAGAAGAGUGACAGGCAAUGUCUCACCCUGAGAUCCUCCCUCCUACCUGCUCUCACCCAAGCAGCUUGUUACCUGGAGUAGUCAGAACAAGUAGGGACACAUUGGCCUCCACACUGGAUGGGAUGAUUACACAGAGUCUCUCUGCCUCUCACUCCUUUGGGGUUAAGAGAUAAUCCCUCUCCAUUCCACUCUUCCUACAUCAAACCCCUUCUCCUCCAUGGAUCCGGGCAGAGCAGGCGGCUUCCACCCUACAUUGUUUUUACAAGCAAACCUCCUUGGUUAGAGUGAAACAUGCAAUUGCUGGGAUAUACUCUGAAAACUGCAUUCAUUUUUUCAUAACUUUAUAUGGAUCAGCCUUUUGUCUAGACCAUGCACAGACACUCCCGGAGGUGGAUUUUCUAUGUGUUUCUCUGUUUCGGGAUCAUCUACAUGAAAUUAGGAGCUUUGUCAUCUGUGGUGGCUUUGGGAGCAAAUAUAAUCUGCAACAGGAUUCCAGGGUUGGCGCCUCGGCAAAGAGCCAUCUGCGAGAGCCGCCCGGAUGCCAUUAUAGUUAUUGGAGAAGGGGCACAGAUGGGGAUCAAUGAAUGUCAGUAUCAGUUCCGCUACUCCAGAUGGAAUUGCUCAGCACUUGGAGAGAGGACGGUCUUCGGACAAGAGCUACGAGUAGGUAGCAGGGAAGCUGCUUUUACCUAUGCCAUCACUGCCGCUGGGGUAGCACAUUCUGUGACCUCUGCCUGCAGCCAAGGAAAUUUCAGUAACUGCGGCUGUGACCGAGAGAAGCAGGGCUACUACAAUCAGGAGGAGGGCUGGAAGUGGGGAGGAUGUUCUGCUGACAUCAAAUACGGCAUUGAAUUCUCUAGGAAGUUUGUGGAUGCCAGAGAAAUAAGAAAAAAUGCCCGGCGGCUCAUGAACCUUCACAAUAAUGAGGCUGGAAGAAAGGUAUUAGAAGAACAGAUGAAGCUGGAAUGUAAAUGUCAUGGAGUCUCGGGAUCCUGCACCACCAAAACCUGUUGGAACACUUUGCCAAAAUUUCGGGAUAUUGGAUUUAUUUUAAAAGAGAAGUACAAUGAUGCUGUACAUGUGGAAGUGGUAAGGGCUCACCGGUUACGCCAUCCCACUUUCCUAACCGUCAAAAAAGUCAAAAAUUACCAGAAGCCAAUGGAGACAGAUCUGGUGUACAUUGAACGUUCUCCAAACUACUGCGAGGAAGACAGUACCACAGGGAGUGUGGGGACUCAAGGCCGACUCUGUAACCGCACCUCUCCACAUGUAGACGGUUGUGACCUCAUGUGUUGCGGUCGUGGAUACAACACCCACCAGUACACCAAAGUAUGGCAGUGCAACUGUAAAUUUCACUGGUGCUGUUUUGUCAAAUGCAACACAUGCAGCGAAAGGACAGAAGUUUUUACCUGCAAAUAGAGCACGACGGUGCCCAUCAACCCACAUUACAGGACCACUAUGGCGCCAUUUUGCACACUUAAUUUUCUUUAUUAAGAAAAUUUUACCCUUUUGUUACAGACAGGGAGGGAAUGAUUCGUUCAUUGCUGAUUUCCUAGUCUACCGUGAGCAUUGCACCUUUUCACGCUGGAGGGGGUUAUUGUAGAUAUUUUUUUAAAUUAUACAUGUUACAAAAAGUCUAAAGGAAACAAGUGAGAGAGAGAGAGAGGUCACAGCGUUAUAAUAUGGGACUGUAAGACUGCUGAGAACGGACCAAACGGAAUAAACUAUCAUACAAAUCUCAACUAUUAGCUAAACAAGUUCAAUGUGUAUCACUUGCCAGUCACACUGGAAUUAUUCUAAUGAACAUAAAAUUUUAUAAUUAUUAAUUUAUGUUUUUAAUAGUAUGAACAAAUUCUGAGCACUAACGGGUAGCGUGUGUCCUAAUUCCCUACUAAAUGUUAAACGUAUAGUUGUCUGACUUACAGUGAAUCUUGUAUAUGUUAUAUUUUUUACUUUGUGCUACUGAGGGGUCCUCAAUUUAUUUUAAUUUUCAACAUUUUUUUAUUCCCCCCUUCCCCCCUUCCCCCCAUUAACCGUUUUGCAGAGCAUAAUAGAGUACUAAGUGGUAGCAGACCUGCUGGAUGACUGCAGAUAGCACAAGUGUCGAUCAAUACACAGGAACUUAGUCACAGCAAAUUUAUAGAUUAAUGUUAUUAAUUAGGUAUGACAACAUCCUUAUCCCUGGCCAUUACUCAUUCGUCUGUCCAAAUGAGACCUCAGCUGUUGCAGAACUUUAAGCACACCAUGAAUGGUAUAUUAAACCAACUACCUACGUACUGUAUAAUGUUCGGUAUUUGUUCAAUAAAUGUUUAUUUUCUAGAUAUUUGGAUUCUAAGGCUGAA